UUUUGUUACCCAGGCUGGAGUGCAGUGGUGCGAUCUCGGCUCAUCACAACCUCCGCCUCCUGGGUUCAAGCAAUUCUUCUGCCUCAGCCUCCCGAGUAGCUGGGACUAUAGGCUUGUGCCACCAUGCCCAGCUAAUUUUUGCAUUUUUUUUUUUUUUUUUUAGUAGAGACAGGGUUUCACCAUGUUGACCAGGAUGGUCUCAAUCUCUUGACCUCGUGAUCCACCUGCCUCAGCCUCCCAAAGUGCUGGGAUUAUAGGCAUGAGCCACCUCACCCGGCCAUCUCUUAAACCUGAGAGGUGGAGGUUGCAGUGAGCCGAGAAUGCACCAUUGUAUUCCAGCGUGGGCGAUGGAGCUCCGUCUCAAACAACAAAACAAAACAAAAAAACAGUGAAAUUGGGCAUGGUGGUGCAUGCCUGUAAUCCCAGCACUUUGGGAAGGUUAGGUGGGCAGAUCACAUGAAGCCAGGAGUUCAAGACCAGUCUGGCCAACAUGGUGAAACCCUGUCUCUACUAAAAAUUCAAAAGUUAGCCAGGUAUGGUGUCACACACCUCUAAUCCCAGCUACUUGGGAGGCUGAGUCAUGAGAAUCACUUGAGCCAGGAAAUUACUGCUUCUGCACUCCAGCCUGGGUGACAGAGUGAGACCCUGUCUCAAAAUAAAUAAAAAGUUGCAGAGUAGGUUAUUUGUGGAUUGAAAGCAUAAGUCUUGUUGCUGUACUUUUUCAGAUGCAUUCACAAUCUCAGAUUUCUACAAUUUUUGUUGGAUGUGUAGAGGAAAAAUAAGGGAAAGCAUGGCUAGCAUGUCAAGUCCAUGUAGAGGUGGGGGUAUGAAAAAGGAGUCACUUUGUCAUAGAAAAAAUACAGAAAGAGAAAUUUCAGAUUGAAUACCAUUGAAUUUCCAGACAAUAAAAAUCGGUCAUGAGUGGAUUAGAGGCUCCAACCACAGUCAUAUUUCUAGACCCAGCUGGCAAAAACAGGGCAUUUCACUGUGGGAGAUGUACUUUGAGUGGCUGAAAGAUACCUGAACAGGUGAAAGUGGUAUUUCAUUGCAGCCACUCUGAGGAUUUCUCCUUUCACAGUUGAUCAAAUCUUUUUUUCUUCUAUAUGCUACAAAGAGGACUUGAGGUCUUUUUGCUUACUUGUUUAUACCCUGACUGAGUAGAUGCUGCCUACCAUUAUUUGAGGAAUUUUUUUAACAUGAAGAAAUUUAUUCAUUGGAACAUUUUGUGAUAAUUUUUGAGUUCACAUAAUCAGCUGGCUUCAGAAUGAGGACAAUUUGCUUUUAUUAACUGUUUACGUCCUUAUGUUUUCAUCAAGAACCAUUAAAAUUUAAUGGUCUCUAUACUUAAGUGAAUGGACGUAGAAUUAUUUAGUUUGACUUUCAGAAGGCUUGCAUUUUAGUCAAAGACUAAAUUCUAGCUGCCCAUGCCAUGAUUGCUUUUUGAACACAGAGAAGUUACUUGAUGUUAUUGACUAGAAAAAAAAAAAAAAAAAAAAAAAAUGGUGCAGCCAGAUUGCACCUCUGGGCAAAUUACCCUGUGGGAUUCAGUUUGUUUAGAGACCAUACUGAUAGGAAUGAGGAAUGUUGGGUAUGGUACUAACAUCUAAUGAGGGGCCUGAAAGAUUUAUGAGCUAUUAGGAAUUAUAGCCACAUCUGGCCAAACUGUAGAGUUUUUCUCAAAAGAGAGUUACAAAAUCUUCUGGAACAGUCUAGCAUCAUAUCUAUCUGGAGACUGCUGCAAACAAAUAGCUCUUUAGUUCUUGGUAAGAACAAAGAAUAUUGGGCCAGAUUUCUGGCCCUUAAGAAAUGUGGAGUCUGAUUCCAUUUGGCUGGAAGUUUAAUUUGGUAUGGAAUUUUAGCCAGACUUCUAGGGGAAAUAUUUUUCAAAAAUAUAACCAAAACUUACUGCAAAAAGUGAUGUGCAUUUGGUCUAUUUAUUAAAAGUCAUUUAAACACUUUGUAAAUAUUCACAGUCCUGUUUCCAGCAGCAUGUAGUGCUUGAUCUAUUUGUUUCUGAAUUUGUGGCCAUAAACCUUUAUGUAGAAUUGGGGGAAACUGAUUGUAGUCUGCUGUUUAUUUAAAUUGUAGGUAGUUGACUAACCAACUACCAAACAGUGAUUUUUUUUCUUUCUCUGGAAGUUAUUGUGUAAUUCGCCUUUUGGAAUAUGGCACCUUCUGUUGUGUACAGAGCACUCUACCACUCUAGACACUUCACUGGAACAGAAAUAGAAAAUAAUUUGAUAUGAAGGCACAGUAGUAUAGGAACAAUUGACUUACGCAGGCUGAAAGAAGCCUUAAGCUUGGCAAAAUGAUACUCCAAAUGCAGGGUGUGAUAUCAGUUUAUGAGUAUUUGAGAGAUGGAAAGACCAAAGAGGGAAAGGAAUUAUUUUGCUUAGUUAUUAGAAGUAAGGGGAAAAAAUAUAGAAAAAGAAAUUUCAGACUGAAUACUAUUGAAUUUCCAGACAAUAAAAAUCAGUCAUGAGUGGACUAGAAGCUCCAACCACAGAGAUGUUUCUCGACUCAGCUGGCAAAAACAGGGCAUUUCAUUCUGGGAGAUGUACCUUAAUAGUGGCUGAAAGAUCAUCUGAACAGGAGAAAGUGGUAUUUCAUUGACAGCCACUCUUGAGAAUUUCUCCUUUUGCAGUUGAUCAAAGCCUUUUCUUCUAUAUGCUACAAAGAGGACUUGAGGUCUUUUUGCUUGUUUCUACCCUGACUGAUUCAUAACUUACUUUGGAAGAAACAUGGCAUACCUUUGGAAGAAACCAUUUUCCAAAGAAAUGAGUAUUCAAAAGCUUCAAGUUUUUGUAGUAUGAAAGCAGUCUGAGGUUUUUUUUUUUUUUUUUUUUUUUCCAUCCAUUUUUAUUUACCUUAAGCUAGUUAGCUGGCUACAGUGUGGGAGACAACUCUUACUGGAGUUAGAACCUGAAGACUGAGUUUGAAUUCUGACCCAAGCACUCAUUAGCUGAGUCACCUGAGCAGGUUGCAAAUCCUCCCUGAGCAUCCCUUUUCCAAAAUGAGUGGCAAUAAUAUCAUGCUUGCUGUGAAGAUCAAGUGAAACAGUGUGUGGGAAAGUGCUGCGCCAGUUUUAGUUAUUAAUGUUUGUAUUCGUUUGCUAUCGUUGCUGAAACAAAUGAUCAUAAAGUAGUGAUCACAAAUUUAUAUCUCACAGUUCUGUAACCUAGAAGUCUGCUUGGGUUUGACUGGUUUCUUUGCUCUGGGUCUCACAAGGCUGAAGUUGAGAUGUUUCCGCCCUGGUUUUCUAUCUGGAGGCUCCCACGUUCAUUCAGAUCCUGGGAAAAUUCAGUUUCAUGCAGCUUGUAGGACUGAAGUCCCUGUUCCCUUCCUGGCAGCCUAGGGGUGUUUCACCUUCUGGAGGCUGCCUUAUUCCUAGCUUAUGACCCCCUUCCUCUUUAAAGUUAGUCAAGUCCUUCUCAUGUUUCAGAUCUCUCUGACCUCUUCUGCUUCAUUUUCCCUCUCUCCAGCUAGAGAAAGUUCUCUGUUUUGUGGGGCUCAUGUGAUUAGAUUAGGCCCACCAAGAUAAUCCAGAAUAAACUCCCUAUUUUGAAGUCCAUAACCUUAAUUACAUCUGCAAAGUCCCUUUCAUCAUAUAAUAUAUUCAAAGGUUUUAGGGAUUAAGGUAUGGAUAUCUUUGGUGAGGGGGGGCAUUCUGCCUAUCACAGUGGUAUUUUAGGGUGAGAGAGGGGAGCUUACAGAACAUGAGAUUCUUGCCCUGGAGGACUCACAAUCCAGUGGAAGAAGGAGGAAAAACACAAUACAGCAAGAAUACUCUGUAUUAAUACAGAUUAAGACUCUGUAUUAAUAAAGAGUCUGUACGAGAUGUUGUAGGAGCCCAGGAGACUCCUGUGUACUUGACUGAAGACUCCUUGUGUACUUGACCUGGAGGUUUUUUUCAUUAUUCUCUUCUUGUUCCCUAAUGAGUCUUGCCUUUCAUCAAGAUCUUUCAGAUGGAAUUCAUAUGCCCCAAACACCACCAUGUAAUUUGAUUCCUUAACUGUCCAGAAAAUCAAGCUGCUGCUGUAGCUCAGUAUUUGGGACUCUACUGCUUAAUAAGGUCUUCAGCCCACAGCUCAAGGUUCCGUCAGCCCUGGCGCCCAGGUGCAUCUGACUUGGGACCCCCUGCAGGCACUAUGGCCCAGAGUUGGGCACUGCUACUCCUGCUGCUGCUGCCGCCACAGCUGCACCUGGGACCUGUGCUUGCUGCAAGGGCCCCGGGGUUUGGCCGAAGCGGCAGCCACAGCCUGAGUCCCGAAGAGAACGAAUUUGCAGAGGAGGAGCCGGUGCUGGUCCUGAGCCCUGAGGAGCCCGUGCCUGGCCCAGCUGUGGUCAGUUGCCCUCGAGACUGUGCCUGUUCCCAGGAGGGUGUCGUGGACUGUGGCGGCAUCGACCUGCGUGAGUUCCCCGGGGACCUGCCUGAACACACCAACCACCUGUCCCUGCAGAACAACCAGCUGGAAAAGAUCUACCCUGAGGAGCUCUCCCGGCUGCACCGGCUGGAGACGCUGAACCUGCAAAACAACCGCCUGACUUCCCGAGGGCUCCCAGAGAAGGCGUUUGAGCAUCUGAUCAACCUCAAUUACCUGUACUUGGCCAAUAACAAGCUGACCUUGGCACCCCGCUUCCUGCCAAAUGCCCUGAUCAGUGUGGACUUUGCUGCCAACUAUCUCACCAAGAUCUAUGGGCUCACCUUUGGCCAGAAGCCAAACCUGAGGUCUGUGUACCUGCACAACAACAAGCUGGCGGACGCCGGGCUGCCGGACAACAUGUUCAACGGCUCCAGCAACGUCGAGGUCCUCAUCCUGUCCAGCAACUUCCUGCGCCACGUGCCCAAGCACCUGCCACCUGCCCUGUACAAGCUGCACCUGAAGAACAACAAGCUGGAGAAGAUCCCCCCGGGGGCCUUCAGUGAGCUGAGCAGCCUGCGAGAGCUGUACCUGCAGAACAACUACCUGACCGACGAGGGCCUGGACAACGAGACCUUCUGGAAGCUCUCCAGCCUGGAGUACCUGGAUCUGUCCAGCAACAACCUGUCUCGGGUCCCGGCAGGGCUGCCCCGCAGCCUGGUGCUGCUGCACUUGGAGAAGAACGCCAUCCGGAGUGUGGAUGCGGAUGUGCUGACCCCCAUCCGCAGCCUGGAGUACCUGCUGCUGCACAGCAACCAGCUGCGGGCGCAGGGCAUCCACCCGCUGGCCUUCCAGGGCCUCAAGCGGCUGCACACAGUGCACCUGUACAACAACGCGCUGGAGCGUGUACCCAGCGGCCUGCCUCGCCGCGUGCGCACCCUCAUGAUCCUGCACAACCAGAUCACAGGCAUUGGCCGCGAAGACUUUGCCACCACCUACUUCCUGGAGGAGCUCAACCUCAGCUACAACCGCAUCACCAGCCCGCAGAUGCACCGCGAUGCCUUCCGCAAGCUGCGCCUGCUGCGCUCGCUGGACCUGUCCGGCAACCGGCUGCACACGCUGCCACCUGGGCUGCCUCGCAAUGUGCAUGUGCUGAAGGUCAAGCGCAAUGAGCUGGCCGCCCUGGCACGAGGGGCACUGGCGGGCAUGGCCCAGCUGCGUGAGCUGUACCUCACUAGCAACCGACUGCGCAGCCGGGCCCUGGGCCCCCGCGCCUGGGUGGACCUUGCCGGUCUGCAGCUGCUGGACAUCGCCGGGAAUCAGCUCACAGAGAUCCCCCAGGGGCUCCCCGAGUCACUUGAGUACCUGUACCUGCAGAACAACAAGAUUAAUGCAGUGCCUGCCAAUGCCUUCGACUCCACACCCAACCUCAAGGGGAUCUUUCUCAGGUUUAAUAAGCUGGCCGUGGGCUCUGUGGUGGACAGCGCCUUCCGGAGGCUGAAGCACCUGCAGGUCUUGGACAUUGAAGGCAACUUUGAGUUUGGUGACGUUUCCAAGGACCGUGGCCGCUUGGGGAAGGAAGAGGAGGAGGAGGAGGAAGAGGAGGAAGAGGAAGAGGAAACAAGAUAGUGACAAGGUGACGCAGAUCUGACCUAGGACGAUGGACCGCCGGACUCCUUGCUGCAGUACACACCUGUGCCCAAGAGCCCCCCACUCUGCCGUGCUCACACAGAUACACCCAGCUGCAAGCAUGGGGCAUCCCACACGACACAGGCCGACACAAUCUCAUAUCCCCACCCCUCCCACAGCGUGUCCCACGGCCAGACAUGUGCAGACAGCACGUCACAACCUCACAUGCCCAGCUCAGCCACACAGCCAGUUACACAUUGCCCUCCAAACCACCAGUCUCUGCCCCAUACCCACUACUGCUGCCAUGCCCUCUCAUGCCCUCUCAAUCAUGCAGGGAAGGGUCUGCCCCUGCCCUGGCACACACAGGUGCUGGAUGCCUCCUGCUGCUGACAUGUCUAUGCGUGUGCUACACAACACACACACACACACACACACACACACACACACACACAAUCAUGUGCAAACAGCCCUCCAAAGCCUGUGCCACAGACAGCUCUUGCCCCAGCCAGAACAAGCUAUAGCAGCUCACCGUCUGCCCCGUCCAUCUGUCCGUCCAUUCCCUGGAGAAGACACAAGGGUAUCUCCAUGCUCUGUGGCCAGGUGCCUGCCACCCUCUGGAACUCACAAAAGCUGGCUUUUUUUCCUUUCCCACUCUUUGGGGACAGGAACCUUCAGGACUGCUGGCCUUGCCUGGCCCAUGCUGCUCCUGCCGGUGCUAGGCAGUCACUCUGCCAAGAGCCCUCCCCCAGCUACACCCUGGCAGGACACAGGCACUUUUCCGAUGGGCAAGCCCUGAGGAGGAAGGACAGGAGGGCCCCAUGGGUGCUGCUGGGGCCUUGGUGCAGGAGUGAAGUGGAGGCCAUGGGGCUGGGCUGAGCCAGAAGGCGGGGGAAGGGCCCAGCUGCACCCAGGAGACACCUUUGUUCUUCAGGCCUGUGGGGGAAGUUCCGGGUGCCUUUGUUUUUUAUUCUUUUCUAAGGAAAAAAAUGAUAAAAAUCUCAAAGCUGAUUUUUCUUGUUAUAGAAAAACUAAUAUAAAAGCAUUAUCCCU